AGCAUUUUCGUUUGAAUACCUUGUGAUUGUGGUGUGUAUGAUUCAGCUUGGGUUGACGUGAGGCACAGGAUUCUUCCAAGAUGAGUUUUCAUGCCGAGCGUGACAUCCUAGUUGAGGAACAUGAGAUAGCUACACUGCUUGCUUGACUUGAGCUCCAGAGUUUGCAAUAAACACGACUACAGGGCUUUGUGAUGGUUCUGUAUGUGAAACAGGAAAAUUUUAUUCAAAAUCUUCACAAUCUUGUGUUGAAUGUGAUAGAAGUUGAUUAUAUCAAUGAGCAUAUCAGCCAAGUUGCCAUACUUGUCCACCUGGAGAAUAUUUUGACUUGGAUUCUUUCUUAUGUGUCUCCUCUUGUGACCUAAACACUCAGACUGCAAUCAAUGAUCCAAAGCUAGGAGGAAUUCCUCUUUGAAGAAGUUUUGAAUAUUAUGUCAAUCCAUUAAGCGCAAGCACUACAGAACUCGGAACUGUUAUGCAUCCAUAUAAAGAGUUAAAUUCUGUCUUUGCUGAGUUGUUUCUUUUUCAUUCUCACUCAGAUAGGGAGAUCACCAUCCACUUAUUUGAGGAUACUACAAACUAUGUGAGAGAAGGCACUUACUUGAUUAAUAUUGCUAAUGUCAGGAUUGAGUCUUACUCUACAGAAGACAUUCAAACUAGAAAAGCUAAGAUUGUAGGAAUUGAGAGUACAAGCGGUAGAGCUCCCACAUUAUUACCAUCUAAGUUCAUUUUACUAAACUCAUCCACGAUAGACUACACAACUGAGAUAUCAUCAGAUUCUCUCAUAUCGUCUGAAGAUAAAGAGUUGUUGCUGAGCUUAGGAAAUAUUAUCAUAAAGCUGUACAAGACUAGCUUAAUACUUGAUAACUUAUUCAUUUCCACUGAGUAUGCUAGCCUAAGCCUUGGCAAAGCAUUUUUAAACCCAAUACAACUUCUUGAAAAGAAAGUUACUAUCCAGAACUCUGUAAUUCUACAAGAGGGAAGUUUCUUGCAAACUUUUCAACAAAUGAAUCUUGAGGUAUUCAAUUCAGAAUUUGACUUACACAAAUCCCAAGGAGGGUUCAAUUUGCAGCUUUCGUGCAUACAAGCGCAGAGUAUGUUGCCAAUAUUGACUAAUAUUUCCAACACUAGAUUCUAUUUCUCUGAAGAUCCUUCUGAUAGUCUGACUACUAACUUUCCUCCAUUUGUGCAAUAUGGAGGUUAUGAUGUCUUCUUCUCAAAUGUUACACACUUGUUUUAUGGAAAUAGUGCCUCUAAUGGGUUCAAUUUUCUACUGAGGCCAGACUUGACAUGAGAUUCCACAGUAAUGGAGCAAAGAACUGUGAGUCUCACUGGUAUCAAGAUUGGAAGUGAUCCUUCUUGGAGUUAUGCGCCCGAAGAGAUGUAUUAUGGUGUGCAUAUCAGUGACAAUCCAUCUAAUCCUCUUGUAUCAAAGUAUGUGUUGAACAGUUUUGAGUUCACCAACAUUCAAGUCAACUAUCUUGAAUUGAUUAAUAUUCAAGGUAAUGGAAUCUCUCAAUGAGAGCUCUCUGAUAGUUCAUUUCUGAAUAUGGUAUCAAAGCUUGAACUAUUUAAGAUAGAUGGAUGACAAAAUCCAACCAUGCUCAACAACUCUUUUACAAACAUCACAAUGAUGCAGAAUGGCUUAAUUCUAUUCGAAGCAAUAGAUGGAGGAGUAAUGAAUUCUACUACUCUAAAUGACGUCCACCUUCUCGGUACAGGAAAAGUAAACCUAAUCACCUUCAUAAACUCUGGAGAAAAUCCCCUCCUCAUAACAAACUUCACCUUCCAAAAAGGCAGUAUCCACGACCACAAAACGCUCCUGAGCUUCACAAAUCCCACUGGCCACACCUCCCUCACCUCCAUAAACAUCACUGAUGUCUCUUCCAGCCAAUCCUCCUCCUACCUAAAACUGCUCAGCUCCAAAACCUCCACUCUCUCCUCCCUCACCUUCACGAACGCUUCUACCUCCUCAGACUCCGACACGACCAACAUCCUCCUCAACCUUCGUGAGAUGUCCUCCCCUUCAGACACCAACACAACUAUAAACUCUCUCACUGCUCUUAACUGCAGGACCAAGGUCAUCAGCAUUCAUAAUACAGAACAACUGGUGCUAAUAGACCAGUAUAUUACAGUGAAUGAUCUUGUGAUCAAGGAUCUUGAGUACCCUGACCCGGCUUAUUUGAUAGAGAAUAGUCAGAUAUUUUCAGAAGGGGUUUUUAAGGUGGUGUAUAAUAGAAUUCAUGCAGAGAAUAUUACAUUUGGAAAAAUUCAUAAUAUGAUAGGCUUUGCACAGAAAGUUGACCAGUUUUUUGAGAUUAAUGAUAGCAUUUUUAGGAAUAUUCACAAUAGUGCUAUUGAUAUUUCAGUGACUCAAAAAAGAACAGGUAUCCGUACGAGGAUUAAGUUUGACAAUAUAACUAUCGAGGAUUGGUACUGAAAUUAUUUCUCACUUAUUGCAAUUAUUACCAACGUCGAUCUACACAUUAGUAAUAGCAAGUUUGUGAGAGUCACGACUACUUAUAAUGCAGCCAUUGUUUGGAUCUAUAGCUCUAAUACGGAGGUUAUCAUGACUGAUACUCUUUUUACUCAGAAUGCUGCCAUAACCUCUGUCUUACUUCAUCUAGCAAAGCCUGGAGAUGUUCAAUGAAUAAGAUGAAAUAUUACAGAAAAUUUUGCAGUCAGCAACACUGUUGGUUUCCUUGAUGUUGGAGCUUCAGCACAAUUUUAUGAUAGUGAAAUCACAAACAACCAUGCUUAUACAAUUCCUGUACUUGACAUAUCACUUGCUGAGAAGAAAAGCGUCCUCAAUGGAUGUAGAAUUAGUAACAACACUGUCUUGUCAAAGGAAUAUAUUAGAAAUACUCUUAUGGAGCAGAGCCAUUUCCAUCCUCAAUUUAGCUCAAGGAUAAAAUCCCGCGACUCCUACUUCAACGGGAAAGAGAUAUUCGAUGCAGUUGUUAUAUCUCUCAUGGGAGAAAUUGAAAUUUCGAAUGGGACUGUUUUCUCCAGCCAAGCCAGGGCAAUCAAGGCAGUUGACUCUUCAGUCAUUAUGAAUGGAGUCAAAUUUCUAGACAUUCAAACUCAUAAGGACUUUAUAGUUUCUGUUCAGGGAAAUUUUGAUAUCUUGAACACUCUUGACUCAGAAGUUAAGGCCAACGGAAUCAUAUAUGAAAACUCCCAAGCACAAUUCAUGAAAAGUUCUUUCUGUACCUUGAAUUUUACUGGAUUCAGAGCUAAUGAUAUUUCUGAAAUUAAUUAUUUAUUCAGAAUCAUUUCAAGCAGAGAUAUUCUUAUGAAAGAUAGCACAUUCAAGCAGAUAUCACCUAAUAAUACUCUUUUUGAUAUUUAUAAAUCAGAGAUUUCUCUAUUUGAAAAUUUACAUAUUUCUGAAGUAUCAAGUUCUGCCAUGGAAUUAUCAUCCAGCAAGGCUGAUUUGUUCAAAAAUUUAACCGUUUCUAAAUGAGAUAAUUCAAUAUUGGUUCAAAAUUCAUUAAUAAAAAAUUGGCAAAGUUCUACUUUCCAGAAUUGUGGAAGUAUCGAGACUGAAACAGGAGGAGCCCUAAAUGUAGUCAAGAGUAAUAUUACACUUCAAGCAUCAUAUUUUAUUCAAAAUAAAGCCAAAAACGGGGCUGCCAUUGCAAUCAAUUGUGAUCAAAACUUUAAGUGAGAGAUUAUACUUAGAAACAGUUUUUUCGAGUCUAAUACAGCAGAAGUUCAAGGAGGUGGAAUUUAUUACAAUAUGAACAGACCAGUAAUGGAAGGAUUAGUUUUCACCAAUAAUAGUGCCCCCUAUGGCAAUAAUAUAGCGAGUUAUGCCUAUAAUAUUAUAUUUACCACAACAGAAAAGAAUACUAUGAAGCUAAAUUCUGUAGGAAGCUCCAUUCCAAUCGGAGAAAGUUAUGAAAUUAGAUUAGUAGACUACGAUAAUCAGACUAUGAAUUUAAUAAACACAAGGUCAGUAAAGCUACAAGCAGAAAGCUCAGAUUCUAAGAUUAAAGUUGGGGGAAUUAAUAAUGCAAGAAUUAUAAAUGGAGUUGCUAAUCUAUCAAGUUUUAACUUCAUUGCACCCCCAGGAUCUCAGAAUAUCACAUAUAAUAUUAUCUCAAGCCAUAUUGACAAUGAUAAGAUAGAUUUGCUUUCAAACGCUUCGAUGAAUCCUUUGAAGAAGGUAGAUGAAUCUUCCUUUGUGGUUGACUUUAGAUACUGAAAACCUGGAGAGUACCAAACAAAAGAAGAGCAAUGAAGAGAAUGUAGUAUCAAAACUUACUCUCUUGAAUGGAACUCUACAUUUUGUGAUACCUGAAUGCCAAAUGCUCAGUGUCAAGGCAAAGAUAAUGUUGAAGUCAAUCUAGGAUAUUGGAGAAAAAGUAUAACUUCUAACCAUGUUGCACAAUGACUUCGAGAAAAAUCAUGACUUGGAGGAUUCAGCCCUGAAAAUGAUCAUCCUGUUAAAUGAGAAAAAGGAUACGAAGGAUUUUUAUGUACAAAGUGCUCAAUAAUUGAGGGAGAAAAGUAUCAACCAUCUUCUAAUUAUGAAUGUCUCAAAUGUCCUUCUAAAGUAGUCAAUGCUAUUGAAUUCAUUGGGCUUCAGAUAUUUGGACUAUUUUUCAUUUAUUUCAUCAUCAUUGUUAAUAUCAGGAAGAGAAAUGAGAAUCAGUUUUCAAUUUUGAUGAGGAUAUUCACCAAUUACACUCAGCUGAUUGCUGCAAUUCUCUCAUUCAAUAUAAAGUUUCCAAAUCUAUUUGAAAAUGUUUCAUCUCAAUCGGAUAGAGUCAGUUCCCCAGAGAGGACUUUCUUCUCAUUUGACUGUUUUAUUGAGAGCAACGAAAUUAGAAUGUUUGCUCCUUCGAAUGCUUUAUUCAAGCUAAUAUUAUAUUUAAUCCUUCCAAUAAUCUUGAUCUGAAUUGUCACAGCAGGAAUUCUUCUCUACAGAUUGGUCAUGCAUUUCAUCAAGCCUGAAAUGACUCAUGAUUUGAAGAGAUAUAUUGCAAUCUCAUUCAUUUGCAUUAUAUUCAUCUUCCAUCCAACGAUGACAUUCCAAUCUUUGAAGGUGUUCCAGUGAGCAAUUGUGGAUGAAGGAGAUUCCAGAAUGAUGAUGCAUAUGGACUUCAGAUGUUACUCUAGAGAUCACCUUAAGUGGAUCUUCUUAGUUGGAUUCCCAAUCUUAAUAAUCUGGGUAAUAGGAAUGCCAGCCAUAGCCUUUUUUAUUCUCUAUAGAAAGAGAGCCCUAUUGGAUAGACCAGAACAACAGAAGUACUUACUCAUCUUAUACCAAGGAUUGAGACAGGAUGCUUUCUACUGGGAAUUUGUAAAUACCUUCAGAAAGUUUGUAAUACUCUUGUUCAAUGUAUUUUUAAGCAUAUAUGACCCAUACUACAGAAUUCUUGGAGCAAUAAUUUCAUUGAUAAUCUUGAUAAGGAUUCAAGAGAGAUUAAAGCCAUACAAAAAUCAAUCUAAUAAUAGAAUAGAAGUUAUCGCAGUCUUUGCAGCAGUAGUAACUCUCUACUGAACACUUGUGUUUGUAACAGAUCAAGCGAGGCUCAAUUCAGUUUACUAUGGAAGCCUCAUCUUGCUGUUUAUAGUGAAUAUCUUCUUCCUGGUGCAUUGGUCCUAUCUUGUUUUAUGAUAUUUGAAUUACAAGCAUCCAUAUUUCAUAGUUUUCAUGAGAAUAUAUAGUUUCGUUUUAUGAAAAAACGGGAAUCAAUUUAAGCAAGAAAUUAAAAAUAAGAAGUUAAUUACUUAUCAAAACACUAAAAAGAAAAGAUUGAAGAAAAAGAGUAGAAAAAGGAUAAUUUCUAAAGCAAUGAAGAAAAGUAGAGUCCACAACGCAUGUGGUGGAAGAUUGGCUUUCAAACCUCCUACUUUUUCCCUCAAGAAGAGCAAUAGAUACAAAGAGAAUUCUGUUAUACAGCCUAUUGAUACUAGCGCUUCAAGGGUCAAUAGCACUACAGUAAUGAGGAUAAAUCCUUCAGAACGAAUCAUAGCUAAAAAUCCUCAUAGAUUUAAAAGACCUAGAAUUCAUUCAGUUAGUGAAAGAGAUGAUGAAUAA